AUGCAGGCCAAGAUAACCCGUAUACCCAAGAACAAGGAAGCACCGAUGUUGAAAGGAGAUGGCAAAGGUGUAGGCGUCGAUAUAACUGGACCGUUCAAACCGGGAAUAAUCAGCGAAAGGUAUUUCUGCGUUGGUAUUGAAAGGGCGAGCCAAAUUGUCUUCACGAUACCAAUAACCGUCAAAAGUGAGGCAUCAGAUCUAGUACAGCAGUGUAUAUUGGGGUUGGAAAAACAGCUCAGGGAAAGAGUGAGAGUGGUGAAAUCCAAUGGGGGAGGUGGACUUCGACAGUCAUCAAAUGCGAGAAUUCUAUCUAUCAGCCGGGAUCAGCCACUACAUCACGCCAAGUUACACACCAGAAUUGAAUGGAGUGGCAGAAAGGAUGAUAUAUACCUUGAAGGGUAUGGUCAUGGCCAUGUUGCUUGA